AUGGAACCAGAGCCAGUCGAGGUGCAAUUGGAGGUGAGUAAGGGGAGUGAAGCUGAGACUGUGGAUGAAUUAAUGGGGAAAUUGGAGGAGAGAGAAAUGAGGGAUUUGCUGGUGUGGAGCAUAAAGCACUGCAUCCGCGUGAAGGAGUGUGUGCGGGAUUUGAUGUCACCUGACCCCACGCACCAGUUCUCCCGUGGCAGCCCCUCGCACUCGUCCAGUGAACUUAAAAUACACCUGAGAAAUCACACGGGAGAGAAACCUUACUGCUGCUCUGAUUGUGGGAAGAGUUUUACUCUGUCAACCAGCCUGAUAUCACACCAGAGAACACACACAGGAGAGAAGUCUUAUAGCUGUACUCAAUGUGGGAAGAGUUUUGUUCAAUCUGGCGAUCUGACAGUACACCAGAGAACACACACUGGAGAGAAACCUUAUAGCUGUUAUCAGUGUGGGAAGAGUUGUACUAAAUCUAGCAAUCUGAUUGUUCAUCAAAGAACACACACAGGAGAGAAACCUUAUAGCUGUAAUCAAUGUGGGAAGAGUUUUGUUUCAUCUAGUGUUCUGACAGUACACCAGAGAACACACACAGGAGAGAAACCUUUUAGCUGUACUCAAUGUGGGAAGAGUUUUGUUCAAUCUGGUGACCUGACAGUGCACCAGAGAACACACACAGGACAUAAACCUUUUAGCUGUACUCAAUGUGGGAAGAGUUUUGUUCAAUCUGGCGAUCUGAUAAUACACCAGAGAACACACACAGGAGAAAAACCUUUUUGCUGUACUCAAUGUGGGAAGAGUUUUGUUCAAUCUGGCGAUCUGACCGUACACCAGAGAACACACACAGGGGAGAAACCUUAUAGCUGUGAUCAAUGUGGGAAGAGUUUUACUAAAUCCAGCCAUCUGAUUGUUCACCAAAGAACACACACAGGAGAAAAACCUUUUAGCUGUACUCAAUGUGGGAAGAGUUUUGUUUCAUCUAGCGGGCUGACAGUACACCAGAGAACACACACAGGAGAGAAAUCUUCUAGCUGUGACCAGAGAUAAUCUGAUAAAAGAUCUCUGAUCAAAUAUUAGAAAAUACAUACAAGAAGGAAUUGUUUCAUGAUAUCGAUGAAUUAAUGUUACAAUGUAGAACCCUAAACGUUUGUCCUCUGUUCUAUUGAUUUCAACAUGAUAUAGAUAUUAGCCUCAGGGGGAAA